AUGCCCAGUCUAGAUUCAUUUAUUUCCGAUGAUGAGGAAGAGCUGUGUCCUCUCUGUGUAGAGGAGAUGGACUUGUCGGACAAGAACUUCAAACCAUGUCCGUGUGGUUAUCAGGUUUGUCAGUUCUGUUAUAACAACAUCCGUCAGAAUCCACAGCUGAAUGGACGGUGUCCAGCGUGUCGUCGUCCUUAUGACGAUGAGACUGUCGAGUAUAAGAUGAUCUCGCAAGAGGAAUGGAAGCAGGAUCAUCUUCGACAGGCUCGUAAAGAGCGGGAACGAAAACAGCGGGAACGGGAAAAGAAGGAGACGGAACAGCAGCAGAGCUCGAAAAAGCAUCUCUCUGGCAUGAGAGUCAUUCAAAAGAACCUUGUGUAUGUUAUUGGACUGAAUCCUAAUAUCCCUACUGAGGAGUUGCAUAAUACUCUACGGGGAGACCAGUUUUUUGGUCAGUACGGAAAAAUCCAGAAGAUUGUCAUCAAUCGUCGUAAUAACGCCAAUGGUAACCCAGGUCUGGGUGUAUAUGUGACUUUCGCUCGUAAAGAAGAUGCUGCCAAGUGUAUUGCUGCUGUUGAUGGAUCAAUUAAUGACGGCAAGUAUCUGCGUGCUGCUUAUGGUACCACCAAGUAUUGUUCUUCUUACUUGCGUGGCCAGCCAUGUCCCAAUCCUAAUUGCAUGUUUUUGCACGAACCUGGUGAGGAAGCUGAUUCGUAUACCAGACAGGAUCUGUCGACGAUUCAACAUGCUGCUAGAGGUGGAAGUGGUAGUACUGGAACUGCAAACUCGGGUCCUGGAUCAAGUGGUUCGGGCCCUGGAUCUGCUAGUUCGGGUCCAACUUCUGGUCCUGCUUCUGCCGUGGCAGCAGCUGCUGUAGCUUCUAGUGGAGUAGCUGCCUCGCCAGCUCCUGCUCAAAGAGUCAUGUCUCGAUCAUCGACCAGGUUGGUAGAUUCAAAUCAUGGUGAGGAUGACAAGGAAGCACCUGCUCUUCCUGCCUCUGUAUCAUGGGCUCAUAAGGCAUCUCCUCCAUCUGUUGCAUCGAAAUUACAUAUUGGCAAAUCCGGCGGCGAUGUCUCGGCUCCAGGAACUGCUCCUGCCAGUCCAUCUACGUCUGCCACUGUCACUGCUGCUUCUGGUACUGCUAAUGCAAGCAGUUCUGGGGCCGGUUCUGCAGAUUCAGUUCCAUCUCAUCUGUUACCACAACCUGAGCCACAGCAAAUUGAUCCUGCUAUCAAGAUUAUUAACGAGAAUUUGGAAUGUCUUUCCAACAAAUCUUCAUUCAGUUUUGUGUUUUCGUCCAAUAUUCUUUCUGAGGAUGAUUUGAAUAAUAGUCUACCACCAUUCUUUUCAUUUUCCAAGACUGCUGUUAGCAAGGAGCCUGCUGCUAUUGAUACUGGCAAGUUUGCUUCUUUAUUCGCUUCUUUCAACAAGACUGGUGGUCUGGGGGCUAAUAAAGGAUAUAAUCUUUUAUCUUUGGCCGAGACUGACGAACAGUUACUUCAAUCACAACCUCGUCAACCACCUACCCAACCUCAGUCACAAUCACAACAGCCUCCAACACAGCAACCUGGACAAGGUCAGCUGGGUCCUCAAUAUAGCAAUGAGGUGCCUGUAGCAGCUGCCACGCCUCCACCAGGUCUCUUUUCAGGCCAACAACCCAUCCAAAACCACAUGCAACCAACACAAAACAAUCAAAACAGCCAGGAGUUAUUAGCCCAUUUAAUGAAUGGCGGUUCUAAAGGUGAGAACUAA